AUGGAGAAUAUCUGCUUGAAUGCGCCUGACAUCGAUGAGGAAAGCAACGUGCAGGAGUCCUGGAACUCACUGUGUGGAGAUAUCCGCGAUGUUGCGGCAAAUGUGCUUGGCCAUGGGAAGCGGAGACAGCCGGAUUGGUUCGUGGAGAGUCAGGCAGUAUUGGAGCCGCUGAUCGAGCAGAAGCGGCAGGCACACCAGAGGAUGCUCGGCCAUGACACUGUCACCACACGCAAGGAGUUUAGAGCUCGCCAGCGGUCCGUGGGACGUGCGGUCCGUGCUGCAAAAGAAAAAUGGAUUGCUGAUGUCGCGGGGGAGGCAGAGCAUGCGCAGAGGGAUGGCUGCACAAGAUGGAAGGCAAUACGAAAGCUCCAAGGGAUACAUAGUGGACGACACCCUGUGGGCACAUCAUCUGUCUACAAUCGGGACGGCAUCCUUGUAAACGACCCGGUUGGUCUCAGGGUUUGCUGGGGCCAACACUUCGAGGGUGUGCUGAAUGUUGCCAGCACAUAUGAUAUCACAGUGCUGGAGGACAUGCCUGCUGCGGAGACUUGGAACGACUUAGAUCAGCCUCCUAGUUUCGAUGAGGUGAUUCGUGGCAUGCGGAAGAUGAACCUUGGCACGGCUGGUGGGGAGUCGGGGAUUGUUCCGGAUCUGCUUGUUCAUGGCGGCGCUGCUUUGCAUCAGCGUAUAUUUAACUUGAUCCGUGCCGUCUGGUUGAGUGGAUCCGUCCCGCCUGAGUGGCGCGAUGCCGAAAUCGUGACAAUACCGAAGAAGGGUGAUCUACAUCGAUGUGACAAUUGGCGUGGCAUUAGCUUGCUAGACGUUGUUGGCAAGCUAUUUGCUCGCAUCAUCCAGGACCGUCUCCGCCCUUUGACCGAAAGUAACUUGCCUGAAUCACAGUGCGGAUUUAGGAAAGGACGCGGCUGUGUCGACAUGAUAUUCGUGGCACGCCAACUCAUUGAAAAGUCCGUUGAACACGAUACUCCAUUGUACGUCCUAUUAGUUGAUCUCAGAAAGGCGUAUGAUUCAAUUCCCCGUCCAGCGCUGUGGCGUGUACUGGAGAAGGUUGGUGUGCCCCCGCAUCUGCUGCAGUUGAUCCGGAGCCUUCAUGUCGGCAUGAGGGCGCGUGUGCGAGUUGGUGGGGGAUAUACGGAGGACAUCUUUGUCAACAAUGGUCUCCGACAGGGCUGCACAUUGGCGCCCACCCUCUUCAACAUCUACUUUGCAGCUGUUGUAUCUGCGUGGCGCUCACACUCAUCUGUACCUGGCGUGACCCUGCGGUAUCGCAUCGGUCGAAAGCUGGUCGGAGAUCGAACAGCCAAAUCCCGACUUCUUGCGACUGAGGUUACAGAAUCCCAGUUUGCGGAUGAUGCGGCACUCUAUGCCGUUUCGCACCAGGACCUUGAGGUCAUGACCAACGAGUUCGUCGGAUGCGCCUCUCAGUGGGGCCUAACAGUCAGCACGGCCAAGACCAAAGCUAUGGUGGUGAAUGGUGUCGAUCCGCCUGGGGUUCGUCUGGACUCUGGAGGGGACAUUGAGGUGGUGGAAAAUUUCACCUAUCUUGGCAGCACCAUCAGUGGCAGCGGUGCCCUUGAUGAUGAGGUUCGGGCAAGACUUGCCAAGGCAUCUCGCGUGUUUGGUUCCCUGCAGAGACCUAUCUUCCAGUGUGGAUGUCUCUCCGUUGCUAUCAAGAAACUAGUUUAUCAAGCCGUUGUACUCACUACACUGUUCUAUGGUGCGGAGACUUGGGCCGUGAAAGCCACCCACUUGCAGCAGUUCAACACCUUCCACCAUGCUUGCUGCCGCGUCAUCCUUGGUGUUUCCCGGUCCAAACAGUGGCAGGAGAGGAUUUCCACCGAAGAGAUUGCGCAGAGGAUUGGGCUGCCUGCGAACAUUGAUGACCUGAUUCGCUGCCACCGUCUUCGUUGGCUAGGCCAUGUUGCGAGGAUGGCUUCGGGCCGCUUGCCGAAACAGGUUCUCUUCGGGGAGCUCUCAGCAACCCGCCCUCGCCAUGGUCCCAGGAAGAGGUACCGGGAUGUCAUCAGCGCUGACUUGAAGGAGGCAGAGAUCUCGGAUAGGGGCUGGUAUGACGCAGCUCAGAACCGCGCAGAUUGGAGGCAACUUACACAGCAUCGUCGCGCUCCUGUGCAGAGGGUGGACACAUUCCCCUGCCCCUGUGGUCGCGUUUUUGGUCGGUCAGGAGACCUCAAACGCCAUGCAAGAUAUUGCUCAGCUCGCUAG